UGUGUGUGUCCUGCUUGUAGAUCCGCUUAGACUGUGUGUGUUUGUGUGUGUGUGUGUGUGUGUGUCCUGCUUGUAGAUGCCACUUCGACUGUGUGUGUGUGUGUGUGACAGUGACAAUUCAGCUCUUCCCCCUGCUUUCUCGCUUUGGGCUGCCCAGCCAGUAAUGAGCCAAAUCCCAGGCAACUUUUGCAGAAAUAAUUGCCUCCCAGGGGGCUUCCAGACAGGACUUAGAGCUCUUAUAUUUAUUUUUACAUCACCUUCCUCGCACCCUCACCAUUUCAUACAACAAACUGAUAACGCUCGGGCUUCUCUGAGACUCGGAUUCGAAUGGAAGGCCACCUUCCCCUUGAAGUUAAGCCCUGGGGCUUCAAAGUGUUACCCUCCCGUUGAGGCUAGACAUUAAUUUAAAUGGCGACUGAGCUGUCUGAAGCCGAUCCCGCACACCGUAAGGCAGUUCCACUCUUAACAGGAGCUCCCCUGGACAAAUUGAGUGAGACAGUUGAAGACGCAGCCAUGCCGAUCCGCCGGGCGGUGAACGCUUCUUCUCGGGAAACCCCUCCCAAAAGCAAGUCUGCUGAAAGCGAGGCCAAACCAGAGCCGGAUGUCAGUUCAGAAGAAUCCGCCUCCACCGUCGAGGAGCAGGAGAAUCGGGCACCCCUGGCUCCCGCCGGUGAGGCCGAGCAGCCGAAGGAGCCAGAGGAGGAGGAGGAGAAGGCAGAGGUGAAGCCUGCUGAGGAAGCCAAAAAGGAGGAGAAGGAUCCGGCGAAGGAGAAGGAGAAGAAGGUGAAAAAGACCAUUCCCGCCUGGGCGACUCUUUCGGCCAGCCAGCUAGCCCGAGCGCAGAAGCAGACGCAGAUGGCCGCUUCCUCUCGGCCCAAGAUGGACGCCAUUUUGAUCGAAGCCAUCAAAGCGUGCUAUCAGAAAGGCGGGGCCUCAGUGGUCGCCAUCCGAAAGUUCAUCAUCAGCAGGUACCCCUCGCUGGACCUGGAGCGGAGGGGGUACCUCCUGAAGCAGGCCUUGAAGAGGGAACUUGAGCGGGGGGUCAUACGGCAGGUGAAAGGGAAAGGAGCGUCCGGAAGCUUUGUGGUGGCCCCCAACUCAGGGAAAGCAGCCUCAAAGUCCAGAGACAGGAAGAGGAGCUUGUCGGCCUCCAGCGCAGAGCAGCACGUGAAGCUGGAGGACGUCCUGCCACUGGCCUUCACCCGCCUCUGUGAGCCCAAGGAGGCCUCCUACAGCCUGAUCAAAAAAUACGUGUCCCAAUAUUAUCCCAAGCUGAAGGUGGACAUCCGGCCCCAGCUGCUGAAGAACGCCCUGCAGCGGGCGGUGGAGAAGGGCCAGCUGGAGCAGAUCACGGGCAAGGGGGCUUCCGGCACCUUCCAGCUGAAGAAGUCGGGGGAGAAGCCGCUGCUGGGCGGAAGCCUGAUGGAGGACGCGAUCCUCUCCGCCAUCGCAGCCAUGAACGAGCCCAAGACCUGCUCCACCACCGCCCUCAAGAAAUACGUCCUGGAGAAGCACCCUGGCACAAACUCCAGCCUCCAGGUUCACCUCCUGAAGAGGACUCUGCAGAAGUGCGAGAAGUACGGCUGGAUGGAGCAGAUCUCCGGCAAGGGCUUCAGCGGCACCUUUCAGCUGUGUUUCCCCUACUAUCCAAGCCCCGGCAUUCUGUUCCCUGAGAAGCAGAAGGAGGACGAGGAGGAGGAGGAGGAGGAAGACGAAGAAGAGACAGAUGACGACGAGGAGGAAGAGGAGGAGGAGGAGGAAGAGGAGCCUCCUCCAAAGAAGAGGAUGCCGAAGCGGCCCCCACCCAAAGCCCGGAACAGAGCCCCUCCCCUGGUGAAGCGACGGGAGGUCAAGCCCACCGCCCGGAAGGCUCCCUUGGCGCACCGCGGGAAACCCAAGCCGCCCCCGCCCCCGCCCCCCAAGGCCAAGAAAGCGAAGGGCGUGCCUGCCCGGCCGGCGGUCAAGAGCCUCUCCAGCCCAGCCCCCCCACCCAAGAAGCCGGCUGCAGCGGCCGCGGCCAGCGCUAAGCGGGACCGGAAGAAGCCCCCCGGGAAGAGGAGCAAGACCAAGACCACCAUGCGGAAGUCGCUGAGAGCCAAGAAGUAGCCGGUCGGCGAGCGGGCAGGCAGGGGCUCUGCUUAGGGCCCCCCCUUCUUUUAUAAGUACAGCCCCCUCCCCUCCUUUGUAACUUAGUUCUGAGGCUUCCCCCUCUCUGUCUCCCCCUCCCUCCCCCCCUCCAGCAGUGGAGAACCGCAGCACCUCUUCCCCCCUCCCCCCCAAGCCAGCCUCUGGGUCUUAAGCAUCGCAGGUGGAUCCAGACUCUUCCUGCUGUGCCUUGGCCCCCUUCCCACCCACCGACCCCCUGCCCCUCCUCGUACACACCCCCUCCUCAAAGUCUGGCUUCCUUUCUCCUCCAAUCCAUCACCCACCCUAUAACGCAGGACUGGUUUUUUUUUUUUUUUCUAAAUAAGGGGCAAAAAAAAAAAACAAAA